AUGGCUUGGGCAGCAGCAAUUGCUCCGCUGGCUGGGGCAGUGGCAGUUGAGAGACGAGGAAAAGCAGAUCGCAGUGAGAAGGACGGUUCCUUAGCACUCUUUGACUCUGCCAAGCUUUCUGUGCAAAGUAUUCCUGGCCUGCAGUCUCAACUUGUUUGCCCGGGAGACGUUGUUUCAGCAGAGCCUGGUGCAUUGCGUGGUCGUGGUGUCGUGGAACGUCAUGAUGGAAAGCUAGUUGCUACAACCUGCGGUGUCGUGGAGCAUGUGAAUAAGCUGCUGUACGUCCGGCCUUUGAAACACCGUUAUUCUGGGAGCGUUGGGGAUGUUGUUGUUGGUCGCAUUGUAGAAGUGCAAACCGAUCGCUGGGCAGUGGAGAUUGGCACGGCCCAGCUGGCCUACCUGCACCUUGGGGCAAUUCAAUUGCCCGGCAAUGUGCAGCGCCGACGGACAGACGAGGAUACUCUGCGCAUGCGGGAAUUUUUCGAUGAGAAUGAUCUCAUCUCAGCAGAAGUGCAGAAGAUCCAUGAGUCGGGUGAGCUUGCCCUGCAGACGCGAAAUGCUAGGUAUGGCAAGCUUCAGAACGGCGUGCUUGCGUCCGUGCCGUCUGUUUAUGUGAGACGCCAAGCACAGCACUUGGUCACGCUACCCCGCACUGGCGUAAUGGUGGUGCUGGGAAACAAUGGCUGGGUUUGGGUCUGUGCUCCACCCAAGGUUGCUGGCUCAGGCAGGCAAGAGACGAUUAACUUCUCGCAGAUGGAUGUGCGAUAUCAGAAGGUAAAUCCCGACAUGAGAGAAAGAAUAUCAAGGGUGAGAAAUGCGGUCCUUUGCUUGGCCGGCCAUGGCCUGGAAGUGACUCCAGACAGCAUCACCUUCCUUUACGAGCAGUCUGAGAAGCUGGAGCUUGCUGCGUGGGAGCUGCUGGACACGGCCCGCUGUGACUCCGCUGGCCUCGUCGAGUCUUUGGCAGCGGAGGCUACCCGCACCGGCAGGAACUGA